AUGUUUGAGGAGCAGGCGACCAGGGUCAAGAUCACAUCCGUGGUGCUGGUGGUGGGGAUGUCGGCGAUGCUGGCGGCGGUGGGGACCGACCACUGGGCCGUCCUCAGUCCCCGGGUGGAGAAGCUCAACGCCACCUGUGAGGCGGCCCACUUUGGCCUCUGGCGGCUGUGCAAGAAGAGCAUUUUCAUAGUGCAGGAGGACCCUCAGGGCAAAGGAUGCGGCCCCAUCAGCUUACCUGGAGCAAAAAACUGCUCCUACUUCAAACACUUCACAUCGGGGGAGGAAGCGGAAGUUUUUGAAGUGAAGACCCAGAAAGAGUACAAUAUCUCAGCAGCAGCCAUCGCCAUCUUCAGUCUGUUUUUCAUGAUCCUGGGCACCCUGUGUGUUAUCUUCUCCUUUGGGAAGGCGCGGGACUACCUGCUCAGGCCUGCUGGGAUGUUCUUCGCCUUUGCAGGGCUUUGCAUCAUCAUUUCCGUCGAGGUAAUGCGCCAAUCAGUCAAGCGCAUGAUUGACAGUGAUGAAACCAUCUGGAUUGAAUACUACUACUCGUGGUCCUUCACAUGCGCCUGUGCCUCCUUCACGCUGCUCAUCCUCAGCGGAGUCGCCCUGCUCCUUAUCUCCAUGCCCCACAUGCCUCGCAACCCCUGGGAGACAUGCAUGGAUGCUGAGCCUGAUACCUUAGAUUAACCACAAGUGAUUCAACAGGUAUUUCUUGCAAAAAAAA